GCGCGUCGCGUCGCGUGUGUCGCUCGACGCAUCUCAUACAUCGCGAAACCAUGGUCUCCGUGGGCAGUUGGCGGCGCCGCUCGCCCGACCAGUGCGAGGAGCGCUCCGAACCCGGCGCCUCCAGCUCCGCCGUCCCCCGGGCGCCCCCCAACUGCGCGCGCUGCCGCAACCACCGGCUCAAGAUAGAGCUCAAGGGCCACAAGCGCUACUGCAAAUAUCGCUACUGCACUUGCGAGAAAUGCCGGCUCACGGCGGACAGACAGCGCGUCAUGGCGCUCCAGACGGCCUUGAGGCGCGCCCAGGCGCAGGAUGAAGCGCGGGCGCGGGCCGGCAUGCAGCCGGUCGGCGUGGAGCUGGAGCGGCCGGAGCCUCCGAUAGUGAAGGCGCCGAGGAGUCCCGUAGUGCCGCCACCGGCGCCGCGCUCGCUGGGCUCCGGCAGCUCGGUGGACUCGGUGCCGGGCUCACCGGGGGUGUCGCCGCACGCGCCGGUGCCGCAGAGCGCGCCCUCGCAGCCCACCAUGCCGCCGCUGCUGCCGCCGCAGCAACCCGCGGUGUCUUUAGAGCCCCUCGUCGAGAACUGUCACAAGCUGUUAGAAAUAUUCCACUACUCCUGGGAGAUGAUGCCGCUGGUGCUCGUCAUCCUGAAUUACGCGGGCAACGACCUGGAGGAGGCCUCACGGAAAAUUGAUGAAGCACACUGGGUGGUCCGGCAGUGGCAGCUGUACGAGCGGUCGCUGUGCUCGCUGCUGGAGCUGCAGGCGCGCAAGCGGCCAAGCGUGUGCCGCAUGCCGCGGUGCGUGAUCACGCCGGAGUACGCGUCACCAUGGUUACCGUUGCCGCUCGCUGCGAGGCACUCGCCGCCGCCUGCGCACUUGUAGCAUUGCGACGCGGCACCGCCAUUGGCGGUGCUCCACCCCACCGAGCCUCCCUCGGCUUCCACGUCGGAGAUCGCAAGCGAAUAAGUUUUGUUGCUACCAGUGGGCCCCAACCGGACUACCGAACCAUAGUGUUAGAUCUGUAUAGACAUGUAUAUAUACAAGUGUUCGCGACACGAAAUGUACCUUACUUUAAUUUAAACAUUGUAUUGUAUAUUAUUAAGUUUAAUUCGUUACAAAUGUAUCGAUAUACAAAACCAUAGGUUGACAAUUGCUUAGCAACUUCGUUACGUCUGUUCGGAUUAUGAUCUGUGGCGAGUGUCACUGCAGAUUGACAUUUGUAUACAUCUGUUGUUUUUGUAUAUCUGUGCUGUUAGCUAUGAAGGCCUCUAUGUUUCGCGGUAAUCGUGGUAUAAUCAAAGCGUGCCGCCCUAAAGUAGGGUUGUGCAAUAAUCACGCAGGCGUCGGGCGGAGCGUCCAUAGAUACCGCCCAAUAUAGUUAUAUCACGUCUGCCAAGCUGUUCCCAGUGGUAGCUCUAGACUCACGCAAGGUCCCACUACUGACAUCACUACCUAUUUGAUAAACCCUGCGUGAUCUUACGUUAAUUCCCAUUGGACCCCAAAUUAAACUUCCCUCCAAUUUAGGCGGUAUUUAUCUGUGAUUUAAUUUUAAUUGGUUUGGAUGUAAUGCUGCUCAUUUCAAUUAAUCGUUAUAUUACUAUGUUUUGAACAUAAGUUUAGUAUAGUUAUGGUUAUGAAUUUUCGAAUAUACAAAUAUGAAUACUAUGUCCACAAAAUAUUGAUUGUAACUCUCUCGGUCCAUUUGUCUCAUCAUGUCCAACUCCGAUUUCCGUCACGAGUCCGUCAAAAACGUUUAUAAAUGUUGUUACUUACUGUUAUAAAUUUUGGAUGAUCUCAAAAAUUUUGUGUAAAAAUAUUUAAUACGUGUUCCCCUUAUUCCGAAUUUUACACAAGGUUGCUAGUCAAUAUUUUAACGGUCGCCAUCGUCAUAGCCAGUGCCCAGAACAAGUAUCGUGUAUAAAAAUAUAGUUAAGGUUAUUUACAUAGUUAAUGAUGAUAUUUUUAAUUUGGUUAAAUAAAAAGUUGUUAUGCCUUUUUUCAUACUGAAGGCCGGUUCCAUACAACGCGCUAGGCACAUUUCAGUUAAAAGUUUAAAGGGUUUUAAUUUAAUUAACUUAAAAUGAUUAAUGAAUGCGAUAAUUACAUUCGACGCGUGUUUAUUAACAUUUCCAAGACGAAAUUUUCGCAGAUAGUUAUAGCCAGUGCCGGUGUAACUUGUAAGGGCCACUGACACCCCGGGCGAAAAUAUUGUGGCGCCAACUUGAGGUGUUCUGAAGUGUUGCACCAGGAGAGGCAACUUCAGACCUUGGCGCCCCCCAGAAUUUGUCGCCCUGGGCCAUCGCCCCCUCUCGCCCCCCCCCCCCCCCCCCCUAACGCCGGCACUGGUUAUAGCUAAGGUCGAGCAUAGUUCAGUAUACAAUCGAUGUCGGCCGGACCCGGCCUUCCGUACCUACUGCUAUAUUGUGAUACAAGCCUUCGUUUUAGCGAAUCGUUGCAUGUCACUCACUUAUAACAUUGAUAUUUUAAACAUUGACAAAGAAUUACCAGCAAAAAUUCGAUACAAUGAGCGCCGAAAUUUUAAUUCGUCCUUGGAAAUAAUACCCGUCAGAUUAACAUAAGAAUAAAUUAGUUAUGUAUUUUCAUAUUUCAAAAACAAUUCUUUAUGAUCAUACUAUAAAGUAAUGUACAUAUUCUGUAUAUUUAAUAUAAUAUUAUGUAUAAACAAACUAAUAUAAAUUUCGUAAACUUUGAUCGUUCCCUCCUUCCUCCGUUCUUGUAACUUUCUGCCCAGUAAAGAAAAAU